AUCCCACCCCCACCGUUCCUGUGCUGAUGGUACAGUCCUGUCUAACCCCCCAUGCUCCUGCGGCUGCUGAGCUGCUCCUGCGGACACAGACAGUCUUCUACGCCAUCUAUCAGGGUUAGGGGUGUUCAGAUCAUUAGGUGGCGUCUCUUAAAUCUGCCUCUGUUUUAUACGGAUCUGUCUGAUCAUGUCUGCCCCGGUGAAAGGAGAUCUGUCCGACACUGAGAAGGAGUUAUUCGUGGUCAUUGCUGCAGGUAAUGUGCAGGAAGCUUCAAGACUGCUCGGCUCCAAAGAUGUCAGAGUCAACUGUCUGGAUGAGUAUGGGAUGACUCCCCUCAUGCAUGCUGCAUAUAAGGGCAAAGCAGAUAUGUGUAAGCUACUAUUGCAGCAUGGAGCAGAUGUCAACUGCAAUCAGCAUGAACAUGGCUACACUGCUCUCAUGUUUGCCGGUCUCUCAGGAAAGACAGAUAUCACCUGGAUGAUGCUGGAUGCUGGAGCAGAGACAGACGUGGUGAACUCAGUCGGCAGAACAGCAGCACAAAUGGCUGCCUUUGUAGGGCAACAUGACUGUGUCACAGUUAUCAAUAAUUUUUUCUCACGGAAGAGACUUGACUAUUAUACAAAAGCCCAGGGCUUAGAAACAGAACCAAAACUACCCCCUAAACUGGCUGGACCUUUGCAUAAAAUCAUCAUGAGCACAAAUCUCAACCCUGUCAAGAUGGUGAUGCUGGUGAAGGAAAACCCUCUGCUUGUGGAUGUAGAGGCUCUGGAGAAAUGCCGUAAGGUGAUGGAGUUGAUCUGUGAGAAGUGUGUGAAGCAGCAGGACAUGAAUGAGGUGCUGGCAAUGAAGAUGCACUACAUCAGCUGUGUGCUGCAGAAAUGUAGCUCCUUCCUCAAAGACCGUGAGGAUAAGCUGGAUGGCCUCAUCAAGAGUCUUCUAAAAGGUAGAGACAGUGAUGGCUUCCCCGUGUUUCAGGAGAAAUUUAUUCGGGAAUGCAUUCGAAAAUUUCCUUACUGCGAUGCUACCUUGCUACAGCAGCUUGUCAGAAGUAUAGCUCCGGUGGAGAUGGGUAAUGACCCCACAGCCCUUUCAGUGCUGACCCAGGCCAUUACAGGACAGGUGGGCUUCAUGGAUGCAGAAUUCUGCACUACGUGUGGGGAGAAGGGUGCAGAGAAGAGGUGCUCCAUUUGCAAAAUGGUUAUCUAUUGCAACCAAGACUGCCAGAAGCUUCACUGGUUCACCCAUAAGAAGAUCUGCAAGACACUUCAGGAGACGAGGCAGAAGCAUGAAGCUGAAUCAGCCAAGCGACUAGAGAAACAGGCCAAAGCUGAGGAGCAGAAAGCACUGGAAGAAACAACCAAUACCAUGGAAAAUCUCUCUGUGGAGAAGAGCGAAGUUGCAAGCACAUCAGACAUUCAAAUAGAAACUGCUAGCUCUGAACCCAUUCCAGUAAAUGCAGAAUGAUCACACAGAGAUGUGGCAUUAUCCCAGCUUGUCUCCCAUCAUUAUUCUCCUUAUCAAAGACCAGCCUCGGCUAGAACAUUCUGAUCUCUUCAUUGUUCAGCAUCUGAGGUGGCCUUCAGAAUGUUUCUGAGAGAGAAGGGCUUCGUGGAGUUUGGAGAUCAAGUGGAAAAAGCAACAAAGAUUUGUGACGGCUGCACACUAUGAAGGGUUUCCGUCCACAUACAACACUUCGUACUGUAUUUUUUUAAGUUAAUAUUAUGUAUGUCACAAUGUAUAUGGAAACAAAUAGGUUUGUUUAUGAUAGUUGGUUUUUGUAAUAAACUGUGUAAGGACACUGAAGCAUAUGCCUUAAACAUGCUGUCAAGUCCAUAGGUGUGGCAGAAGAUUAAAAAGUUCUAUACUCUUUCUGAAGAGCUAUCUUA